AUGAUGUCAAGUGAUAGCUCGGCCUCUACGGCCGUUGGAAAUACUGGUACUGCUCGUCAACAUAGUCUACUUCACGAGGAUGACACACAGAACGACAUAACAAGCAGUAAUUGUAACCCGGAAAAGUUUCACGAGGUUUUUGGAGUUUAUCCAUCAAAUUUGGAAAAGGAAAUCAAUGAGUACGUUUCGAAGCGGGAGGCUGGAAAUGUAAGUAUGAUACUGAGAGUGAAUAUUUUACAGUAGCUUACAAAGUGUUUUACUUAAACUUUUAUAUAUUUUUAUUAAUUUGGUCAAAAAGUUUGUAGAAUAACUUUGCUUUGUUAUCUUUUCGUUCCCUUCUCAUUCAUUUAGCUUCUUCGCAGAACUUUUUGACCGCAUUUACUAAAAAAUGUCAAAAAUAUUUCGUAUUUUUAAUUUUCCAAUCCAUAAAAUUUAUAAAUUUUAUUAUUUUUUAUAAAGUACCGGUCGAUUAUGAAUUUUAAGGGCGACGCUCAACCCCCAAAUUGGGUCCAGCCGGCUGACUCAAGGCAGAUUAUUUGUACUACUACGACUUUGAAUCCGGAGAUCAAUCAACAAGUUGUAAGAGCUAAACUGCCAUGGACAAACAGAACGUUUAGAUUUGUGGUUGACAUUGCUUCGGUAUGUUUUACAGGGUUGUAAUAUUUUUUUCCAUGAUUUGUUUCGUAUUUGGUCCUUAACAUAGUGCAUAAUUGUGCAUUUUAUAAUAAAGUCGAGCAAGUUGGGGUAUAAAUAUUUUUUAUGUUUUCCAUUGUCAAUACCACUAUUUACAGGUCAUGGGACACAUUUGCUACGCGUUUUGUCCCCCGAUUCCAUCAAUGAUUACAAAAAAAGUGGCCUUUCAUCCUCCGAAAUUACCCUUUUAUUACUUCAAAAUCACCAGAAAUGAUGGUACCUGGUUCCAAGGCAAUGCCGAAGACGCAUAUGGAUAUGAAAAUGUCAGUAUUGAGCUGAGACCAUUUGCCAAUGAACAAGGAGAGACUUUUGAUGGAGCCAAGGCCUUUUCCGUUAAAACUUCGAGGAAGACGUACUUGGCUUGUGUCAGAAUCGAGUCCUCGCUUCAGCAUCGUACACCUUCUUUGAAGAAAAAGGUAAGAAUGUUGUUGUAGUAACUAAUAAUGUGAGUCAAAGGCUGUAAUGGUCCUAUCAGGAAGAUAGAUCAGCUGGAUAAUAUAAGUUAUAAUUUGUUAUAAUCAAAAAGAGAAUUUAUUUCAAAAGUAAAUGAUUUCAAGUCAAAUUAAACCUCAUAUUGCCCAAAAAUCAUUUUAGGUAAUAAUAUUCUGCCAGCCAAAUAGCUCCGACCUUGGCAUGUUCGUUUGGAACCGAAAUACCGCCGAUCUUACUCUGGACAGGAUAGCCAAUCGUGUUGGCGUGGACAUUAUCAGUUUCGACUACAGCGGCUUUGGCAUGUCAACAGGCCGUUCAACAGAGCAGAACAUGUACGAUGAUUUGAACUCGGUUUACAAUCAUCUGUUGAAGGAAACGCCUGAUGUUAAGGUGAGUUAUAAGCAUGCUGUCAAUCUUUUCAAGAUUAAAAUUUUAAAAUUUAUGACUUAAAGGUAGAAUACUUAGGCAAAAGUAAUUUUUUAAAAUUUUUUAGAUUUUCCUAGUUGGAUUGAGCCUCGGAACAGCAGCUUGUGUUCACCAUGCCUCCUUGAACCCCAAAAAUCUUGGUGGAGUUGUGUUACUGGCACCAUUAACAUCAGGCGUUCGAAUCUUGAUGUCAACACCCAAAAGAAAAGCUCCAUACCCAGUUGAUUCAUUCAAAAGGUAAUUAAAAUACUGUUUUUCAAAUUUUCAUCAUAAUUUUUAGCAUUGACAAGAUUAGCAAGGUGCAAGCGCCAGUCUUUAUCGCUCACGGUCUUCUGGACCACAUUAUUGCCUACGAUCAUGGAGUGUCAUUGCUCAGACGAUGCCAACAACCCAUGCCGAUUCAAUUGGUCAAACAUGCAGAGCAUACUGACGUAUUUACCGCAUCCGUUUCCAAAAAAGUCUUCAAUUUUGUGGCCCGCGAAGCGGAAAACUACGAUCUUUACUACGAGAGAAGCCAAGUGAUACAGGAAAUGGACGAUAUUCUGAAGAAACUCGAGUCUGGAGAGCAUAGUCUUACGAGUGAACAGAGCAACAGCAGUGUACGACCAGCUUCUGUAAGCAGCGAGGAAUCCGAAGCUUUGUCGUUGUUGGAAGAAGAAAUGGAAAAGUGAGUCAAGUCUUUCUCUUUCUUUUUUUCGCUUUUUGUACGCUUUAUAAAGAGAAACGAAAGGAAAGGGAAACGUGGCCCUGUGGCGUAAUGGAUAACGCGUCGGACUUCGGAUCCGAAGAUUGCAGGUUCGAGUCCUGUCAGGGUCGAAUGACUUUUUGCACUUUUUUAUAUUGUUUUUGGGCUUAAAUUUGUUUAAAUUGGAAGUUUUAGUAUUAAAAAAGUUGAAACAGAUUUUUAAAAAUAAAUAAACUACAUUAACUUCCAUUUUGGAUUUAAAACAGGUGAAGAAUUUUAAUCAUUUACAACUUGACCCCUUACUUAUUUGAUGCUUUUGGAAUUUUAAAAUAAAAAGAUGUUUUCAGGAAGGAGAUUGAAGAAUCCAUAUCAUCUGGAGAUUCCACUAAAUCAACCAGAGAGUACAAUCAUGCUGAUCACGUCAAGUCGCACGCUCGUCUGCCUAAAACUCUUUUCGUUUCGGCUAUCAAAGGAGGUCACUAA